CGCGCGUUCUGAAUUGUCCAAUCGCACCACACAAUUCACGAUGGCGAAAGUAAAGACGACGCGCGUGCCUUUGCCAGGCGAGAAUCCGAAAAAGGCCCCCAAGGUCGACGAGACAGCGCGCAAAAACACGAAACCCGUUUCUGGAGAAGUUAUUGUCGAAAGCGACGAUGCCUCGGAUAGCGACAGCAGCAGUGGACGUAGCGCUGGCUCCACCAGCGACACCGAGAAGCAAAAGAACACGAGGAAGCCGAAUGUGAAGAAGGUCAAAAAGACGGAGGUCGCGAGCCCGUCCGUGCCGAGCGACGAGAGUAGCGAAGAGGAGAGCGGGAGCGAAGAGAGUGAGAGCGGCAGCGACAGUAGUAGCGAAAGUGGCAGCGAAGAUUCCAGCAGUGAGAGCGAAAGCUCGGAAGACGAGAAAGCUACAUCACAAGCUCCUGCUGCUGCUGCAAGGGUACAUACUACGCAACUCCGUCCUGCGAAAGCAUUCGAACCGCCUCCUGGCUUCAAGGCCACCGAUUUCCGCCCUAAUCCCUCUUCCAAUCUCUCCAAAAUAUUGUCGUCCAACCUUGAAAACAAGCAACUAUGGCACAUCACCGCACCGUCUACUGUUCCCAUCAAGCAGAUAAAGGAAUUCGCACGUGGAAAGGCUAUGGGCAAGGAAACCGUAAUACAGCAUGGUGGAGUAGACUAUGGGUUUGUUCCACAGGAGAAGGAAACGCAAGUCGCGACGAGGCUCAUGAUACCCACCGACCAAGGCUACGUAGCUGUUCCAAGCGAUUUCGCAGAGACACUCCACCUGCAGGAAAUCAUCCACCUUCCCAACCUUUCCAACAAACAAUCCGACCCGGCGCGUGGCUCAGAUGCCGCUGCAAGCUUCACUGUACCUGCUGCGAAGCCCAUUAGACAACAACCAAAGGGCCUGCGCAUGCGUUACAGGCCGUAUGGAGCUGUUGACACAGAGGCUGGAGUUAUUGGAUCGUCGGACAGUGAAGGGGAUGAGUCGCUUCAAAUCCGUCCAAAGAGGAAGCACGAGGGUAUUGACGGCACAGAGGCAGCGGCUAAGAAAGCCAAGAAGGACAAAAAGCACAGGAGCAAAGAGGCAGAAGCUCCAAGCACGGGAGAUGCCAUGGAGAUAGACAGCGAGGUGCCCAAGGGCUCAAACGAUUCGGAAAAGAAGAAAAAGAAGAAGGACAAGGAGAAGAAGGAGAAGAAGGAGAAGAAGAAAUAGCUGUACUGUACAGUGAGCGUGUGUGAGAGUGUUGAUGGCUCUGGACGGAUCGUAUACCCGUCAAAGCGUACAGGCGUCUGCAUUGGUUUUAAAAUGGUUGCUUUCGGCAGUGAAAGGGCGUAGGCAGUGGGCGUCAAUCGAGAUAAAUAGCUAUUGCUGCACAAUGACAUUGAAUGGCC